AUGUCUUUGAAAAGAUAUGAGGAAAUAAAGCGAUACCUUCAUUUUCUAAAUAAUGAUGAGAUACCAGAACAUAAUAAAGAUUGCUUCAUCAAGGUACGACCCUAUCUGGAUAUUUUGGAAAAGUCAUUUGCUGCUGCUGCUACACCUACGGAAUACAUGGCAAUUGAUGAGAUGAUCAUUCUAUUCAAAGGAAGAAGUAGAGCCAAGCAAUAUAUAAAAUCCAAACCGAAAAAAUGGGGUUUCAAAGUUUGGAAUUCGGAAAAUCCCAUCUGGCAACCCUGUUCAUCGCAGAGGCAUCAUUGGCAGCGGCCACUUGAUUUCCUCAGUCCUCUCGCAACCGCCAUGUCUGAGGGAGGAGACUUUCCCUCCUUGAUCGACCUCAACGUCGGCGGCGUCACGUACUCGACGACGCUCAAGACGCUGACGAGCCAGCAGGACUCUCUACUGCACGCCAUCUUCACGGGACGCGAGCCCGUCGUCGUGGACGCCAAGAACCGUUACUUCCUGGACCGCGACGGAGUCCUGUUUCGAUACGUGCUGGACUUCCUGCGGGACGGCACCGUCGUGUUGCCGGAGUGCUUUAGGGAGCGGGAACGGCUCAAACGGGAGGCCGAGAAGUACAUGCUGCAUGGCCUGGUGGAGGCCAUUUGCAGCGAGAGUCGGAACAAGGCCACUGGGGCCAUCACCGUCGGGUACAGGGGCAGCUUCCAGUUUGGGAAGGACGGUCUGGCCGACGUCAAGUUCAGGAAACUUUCCAGAAUUCUGAUAUCCGGAAAAGUCGACCUCUGCCGAAGCGUUUUUGGAGAAACUCUCAACGAAAGUCGGGAUCCAGAUCAUGGUCAGUCAGAACGGUACACUUCCAGAUUUUUUCUGAAACACUUCUUCCUGGAGCAAGCCUUCGACAUGCUGAUCGAGCAGGGAUUCAAAAUGGCGGGCAGCUGCGGCUCCGGAACAGCGGGAGGGGCGGCGGAACUGAAACCCGGAGUCGAUGCAGAGGAAAACCGUUGGAACCACUAUAAUGAGUUUGUUUUCGUAAGGGAAUAGUUCGAAUUAUCCGUUUCCAAAGACUUCCAUAAACUUUACUGAGUGCUUAGAUCCCGUUUCAGAUUCAUGUGUAUACAGUGGCGUAUCGGGGAUAAAAGUGAGGUCAAAGGCGAAUGUAAUGAAAAUUGUUGGAAAAUGUUUGUUCAACCCUUGCAAGAAUCAACUUCUCAAAAGAAAAAUUCAGGGAUGAUUUUGUUAUUCCAUAGCAUUGUUCAAAUCCCAGAUUCAGUUCGCGUCGACUAUACAGGGUGUCUCUCCGAGAAUGGCAUCUACAGACUAACACCUCCGAAGUUGGUGAACAUGGAAAAAAACGAAAUUUUGGCAAAUACAAAUGUUCAGAAAGAUCUACUUCUUUAGGCGUUUACAACUUGUUUACCCUUGCAGGGGCGGCAACAAAGGGAUGCACCCAAAAUCUUAGAUGAAACUCUUUGUCGAUAAAGUAGAAAUCUCUACAAUUAACCAUUCCCGAUUUCAUUUUAUCGUAGAAAGUCACGUGACGAUGUAGAUAUCUAUGUUAAACAAGUCAUCAUCUUAAAAUAAAAGAUAAAAAACUUUAAUUGCGUAACAAAACUUAUUUUUCUAUCCAAAAUACAUUCUGCAGCUGUGUCUUGACGCGCGUUUCGCUAGCCAAGUUAGCGUCAUCAGGUGAUGACACCUUCUCCUCAUCUCAUAAUAAGAAAUACACCAUACAUAGGUCUGUUGAACGAGGUGGCUGUAAGAAUGGAAGUUGGUUCACAAAAUCAUUUGAAAUUUCGCAAACUACACCGGAAACUUCAUUUAGAGCAUAUCUCCUUCUACAUAUUAUUAUUUAUGCACUGAAAAUUUUCUAGAUUCACGAUUUUAUAUAAUCAAAUCAUUCCACGCCGUGCAAUACCAAGAAAAAAUAUCAUUAUCAUUAGGUUAUCAUUAUUUUCACUAUUGUUUGGGAUGAAAUAAUAAAUAAAUAGAGACUUCAAUCCAAAUUUCAACGUCUCCAAUUUUAAUCAGUUUGAAAUCAUUUUGUGGAUUUUCUGUACGAAAAAUUUAAAUCUUUUUAUGGGUAUAUUCUAGUAGAAACUGGAAAAUAGCACGAGUACUGAGGGAGCUACUUUUAGGAAAAGGUCCUGUUAUGUGUGAGUCGAAUUUGUCCACUUAAUGACUAAAUAAAUUUUUCAUAAGUGGGAAUCAGUCUAUUGGAGUUAUAAUUUCCCUGUAAUAAACCACUGAGAAACUGACUUUUCUCAACUCGUCGAGAUAAUACUACAAAAUUCUAUUCUUUACUGUUCUGCUCAUCGGCAACCUAGUAGGAAACUUUCCAAAUUAAACUUCAAUAUGAAAAAGUUAUCUUGUUGUACGUCAAAACUUCAUAACAGUCUGAAACUCGUUAUUUAUUCAUAACUUUCUUGUUUUCGUCUGAACACAAAGAACAUAUAUCAACAAAUAUGUUUCCCGGAGAGGUUUUCUUUAUUGUCAGGAAAUUGGUUUCGGGAAAACAAUCAUAUAUGAUAAUAUUACAGUUGACCUUUUAUGAAAUUGACCUUUCGAUAAUAGGUAAUAAUAAUAAUGUUUACUGUCAUUAGUUCCAAGAAGAUAUUGACAUGGUCUAGUAUAUACAUAUUAUGCAUACAAAUGAAUUUAGAGGCUCAAGUUGAAAGAUAAAAACAGAUAAGAACAAAUACAAAUGCAAUUAGUUAUCAACAAUUUACUUAUGUAAUAAAUUAUAAAGUUUGAUUAAUCAUUAAAAAUGUUUUUUUU